GCAGCUGCCCAUGCACUGAGCAGGCUGCAGGAACCAGGGCUGCAGCACCCACAGGGGUGUGUGCUGAGGGUGCUGGGUGCUGGCACGCUCUGCCUGCCCGCUGUUUGCCUUUCCCCCCUUCCCGAUGCCGGGAAAGGGCUCUCGGAGGUUUCAUCCCUCCUCCCCGCCUCAGCAAACAGAGCACAAGUGGUACCUUGGCAGCUCCAACCUCCUCCCAUCCACCCGGGAUCCUAUAAAUGCCCCCGGCUCCGGCUGGCAAAGAGACAGGAGCCGCAUGGAGAAGGAGGGCGAGAUGGACGGCAGCUCCAAAGAGGCGCUGAUGGAGGAGGCACCUCCGAGGUACACGGCCUCCCCGCUCCUGCCCGGCAUCCCCCCCCAGCUCAAGAGCCUGCUGAUGGCAGCGGUGGUGAUGGUCAUCCUCAUGGUGGUCAUCGUCACCUUCCUCCUGCUGGGGCUGCACAUCACCGAGACACACGCCGAAGCGGUCUUGCGGAUGACCAUCCAUGGGCUGGAUGGUGAAGGGACCCCCCAGCACCUCUCCCUCAGCAAGAAGGAACGGACCGGGACAUUCGCCGUGUGGGACGGGCUCAACGCCUCCGCCGUGGUGGUGUAUGACUACAGCAAGCUGCUGGUCGGCUACAGGUCCUGGCGCCACCGCGCCUGCUACAUCACCCGCAUGGAAAGGGACAACAUCCCGGGGCUGGACACCGUCACCGAGAGCUUCCAGCGGCGGCAGGCUGAGAUGAAGGAGGAUGGGGACAAAGCCAUGCCCCUGGCCGACCGCUCCAUCCUGGGUACCACCGUUAACAUCCUCUGCAGCACCGUCCCUGUGUACUGGGCAUAGUGUGGAUGGGGUCAGCUCCCAGUGGGGACCAUGCCCGUGCUCCCCACAUUGUCUACCAAUGCCCAGGCAUCCGCAUCCUCCUCCUUCACCUGGGAGUAGCCACCCUGCCAUAGGGAUGCUCCAUCCGCAGCCGCUUGGCACCGCGGCUUUCCCACCACUCUUGUCAUAUAAUAAACCAGUGGGAUUUGC